AUGGCUUCCGAGACUAGCAAUGCCCCUGAGCCCCGGCGAGGCGUCACAGAUGAUCCUCUAGUGUGGAUUGAUUGUGAGAUGACUGGUUUGAACCCAGACACCGAGGAGAUCCUGGAGAUAUACUGCAUUCUCACAACAGGUAACCUCGAGGUUCUGGAUGAUGAGGGUUUCCACGCAAUCAUCCACUGGCCCGCAUCGCGCCUAGACCAGAUGGACGAAUGGUGCACCAAUACCCAUGGAAAUUCAGGCCUCACCGAUGCAGUCAUCAAGUCCACCACCACGCCUGACGAGGCAGCUACAGGCUUGUACAACUACAUCACCAAGUUCAUCCCAGAGCCCCGCAAGGCCCUUCUGGCAGGCAAUAGCAUCCAUGCUGAUCGCAUGUUCCUGCGCAAGGAGCCCUACAACAAAGUUCUCGACCAUCUUCACUAUCGCCUACUAGAUGUCACCAGUAUCAAAGAGGCAGCCCGCAGGUGGGCAGCUCCCCGCGUGACCAAGAAGGUACCCUCAAAGAAAGGACGGCAUCAGGCGCGAGACGACAUCCUCGAGAGCAUCGAGGAGGCCAAGUACUACCGCGAGGCUAUAUUUGGUCAGACGCUGGAGAAGGUAGAACAGCCCGCUCCAGCCAAGUCUCCAACAAUGGCUGAGGUUAAAACCGUCGAGUUCACCCCCUUCCAGGACCAGAAGCCCGGAACCUCGGGUCUUCGUAAGAAGGUCGUUGUCUUCCAGAAACCCCACUACAGCGAGUCGUUCGUUACCAGCAUCCUGCUGUCCAUUCCCGAAGGCGCUGAAGGAUCCUUCCUCGUCAUUGGUGGUGAUGGCCGCUACUACAACCCCGAGGUCAUCCAGUUGAUUGCCAAGAUCGGUGCCGCCUACGGUGUAAAGAAGCUCCUCAUCGGCCAGAAUGGUAUUCUGUCUACGCCUGCCGCCAGCCAUGUCAUCCGACUUCGCAAGGCCACUGGAGGUAUCCUCCUGACGGCCAGCCAUAACCCCGGUGGCCCAACCAACGACUUCGGCAUCAAGUACAACCUCGCCAACGGUGGCCCCGCCCCCGAGUCCGUAACGAACAAGAUCUACGAAACCUCCAAGACCUUGACUUCGUACAAGUUGGCCGAUAUCCCCGACAUCGACAUCAACACCAUUGGCACUAAGACCUAUGGCUCCCUUGAAGUUGAGAUUGUCGACAGCACUGCCGAUUAUGUCACCAUGCUCAAGGACAUCUUCGACUUUGAGCUCAUCAAGAAGUUCUUCGUCUCCCACCCAGACUUCAAGGUCCUCUUCGACGGUCUUCACGGUGUCACUGGCCCCUACGGCAAGGCCAUCUUCGAGAAGGAGCUUGGCCUCACCGGUGCCACACAGAACUGCGAACCCUCCCCCGACUUUAACGGUGGCCACCCCGAUCCUAACCUCACCUAUGCUCACUCUCUCGUCGAAGUUGUCGACAAGAACAACAUCCCCUUCGGUGCUGCCUCUGAUGGUGAUGGUGACCGUAACAUGAUUUACGGUGCCAACGCCUUUGUCUCGCCCGGUGACUCCCUCGCCAUCAUUGCCCACUACGCAGACCUGAUCCCCUACUUCAAGAAGAACGGCGUCAACGGUCUGGCCCGCUCCAUGCCCACUUCUGGAGCCGUCGAUCUCGUCGGCAAGGCCCAGGGUCUCGACGUCUACGAGGUCCCCACCGGAUGGAAGUUCUUCUGCGCUCUUUUCGAUGCCAAGAAGCUGUCCAUCUGCGGUGAGGAGAGUUUUGGAACCGGUAGCGACCACAUCCGUGAGAAGGACGGUCUCUGGGCCAUUGUCGCCUGGCUCAACAUCAUUGCCGGCAUUGGCGUUCAGAACCCCAGCGUCACCCCCUCCAUCAAGCAGAUCCAGAAGGAAUUCUGGACCAAGUACGGACGUACCUUCUUCACCAGAUACGACUACGAGAACGUCGACUCCGAUGGUGCCAAUAAGGUCGUAGGCGAGCUCAAGACUCUCGUUGCCGACCCCAACUUCAUCGGAAGCCAGAUCCAAGGCCGCACUGUCACCGACGCUGGCAACUUCUCCUACACAGAUCUUGAUGGGUCCGUCUCAUCGAACCAGGGCCUGUACGCCAAGUUCUCCUCCGGAAGCCGCAUCGUCGUUCGUCUCUCCGGUACCGGCUCCUCUGGUGCCACCAUCCGCCUGUAUCUGGAACAGCACAGCAGCGACCCUGCCACCUACGACCUCGACGCACAGGUCUUCCUCAAGGAGGAGGUCCAGUUCGCCACUGGCCUUCUCAAGUUCAAGGAGCACGUCGGCCGUGACGAGCCCGACGUCAAGACCUAA